AUGGAGAGGGUUUAUCUCCAGAGAGACACACCCCACUCCAGUGUCAGUGUGGGAGACCUGGGGUCAGUGAGGAGGGCCAAGAGAAGGGAUGUCCAUAAAGCCCUCAGCGAGGGGUCCCUCCCUGUCUUUGCCCUGUUCAGGGAGAGGGCAGGGGAGAUUUGGCAGACCAGCACAUGGGACAUGGAGCAGACCCAGCCUCCCAGCACCCCCACAUCCAGUGAGGAGGAUUUGUGGGACAGCGACUCCAGCUUGUCUCAUGGGGUUGGGGAGGAGGAGAGGGGCAGCUCCCUGAUCCUGACCCCCCAGGCCUCCACCUCACUCUCUGAUCAAGACAAGAGAGCACUAGAGGACGUCUGCCAGAUCCUGACCGCCUGGGUGGAACAGAUGCUGAACAGGACCUGCAACGACAAUUACAGGGCCAGUGUCAUCAUCCAGAAAGAGGAAGAAGAGGAGUUGGUCACGAGUGUCAUGACUGUCUUACACUCAGAGCCCUCCACCUCAACCAAGGCAGCACGGGCAGCUCCUGCACAGACCCUGGAGUUCAACCCCUGUCUGGAUGAAGAUGAGGUGGUCCCCAGCACCUCCAUGGGUGCGGGAUUCCUGACGACCACUCAGGCAGCAUGGGCAGCUCCUGCCCAGACCUUGGAAGAAGAGGUCGGGGGAGCUGAUGUCUCUGAGGUGAGUACCAGCUCCCUGACCCCCACUGAGGCCAGGCAGGGCCUCCUGGAGAAGAUUCCCUCUCUCCUUCCGGGUGAGAUCCUCAUCGAGGAGGACAUCUCCUUUCGCAGCACUCCCAGGGACACCGUCAUGAGCCCCCAGACCCUGAAGCUUAUCCUCCAGGGCAUCAUGCGCCGACUGGAGGCCUCAGAGUUCCCCCAGGCCAUGAUGGCCAACGACCCCUUCAGGCUGAUGAAGAAUCUCUUUGUGGAGGUCCAGCAUGCCCUGAAGUAUGCUGACAUCUCUGUCCUCUUCAGCCUGGAGGAGAGCAUCCAAUUUAGGGGGGAAGAUGCAAUGAAGGCCAUCGUGAAGGCUGCGGCUAAAAGGUUGUCCCUGCGUUCGGAUUCCAACCGGACUCAACACGCUAUGGUGGCGAGGUAG